AUUAGAUUUAUAAUGCGAGAGGAUGAGGAACUUUUUGUGAGAGUUGAUGUGAGAAGCGAUUUGAGUGGAUGAAAUGGAUCACGUGAUCAUGCGAGAAAGGUAUAAAAGGGAGUGCAAAAGACGUUCGUGUCAGACAAUCUUGUAGUUUCAGCCACGACUCUAUCUUCCUAAACCUUAACAGGCAACGCUUUAUCAAAGGGAGAUAACUUCUACUUUUAGGUAUGUUAAAUAGUUUAGAUGUUCUGUUCCUCUAAUAAAAUUGUUGAUUUCUGUUAAAUACUAUUAUGAGUACUGUAGUAUAAUACAGUAUUUGUACUGGUCUGUCGUUACCAUAGUGAUAGUGUAAAUAACUGCUAUAGAUAUAUCAAAUGUGAAGCUCAUUUUCAUGUUAAAUGACACAAGUUAUUCUAUAAUCUGAAGUUAUUAAGUACAUUCUUGUCUCCCACCACACUGACCUCUGCCAGUGUGGGAGAUCGACAUUUAUGAGAGAGUUUCAUCACUCCUGUACAAAUAUGCUUGACAAUGAUGUGUAAAAAAACAAAUGAACGGUUUUAAUUGUGUUUGUGAAGUAACUUCAACUCUAAUUGAUGACCACAGAAAACCAAAGCCAGGCCUGCUACAAUAUGUAACUGUCUUCAUUUAUCGUCGAAAUGUGACGAAUCUGUGUCUAAAAAGACUUGGUAUAUUUCGGAGUCAUCCAACAACAGGGCAUUACAUUAUCAUACAUUUUGUUGAUUACAUUUCUGGAAUCUGAAAUAUGUUGUAGAAUAGUUUAUAAAUUAUUCAAAUUAGGUUUAUUAGUAUCGUUUAAUGCAUUGGAGCGGAUUUCGCGUCACUUUCAGGACAACUCACAGAAUGGACAAACCCGAUGUCACAUCACACUGAAGGACAACUCACAGAAUGGACAAACCCGAUGUCACAUCACACUGAAGGACAACUCACAGAAUGGACAAACCCGAUGUCACAUCACACUGAAGUUGCAGUUUGCUACAACGUAAGGAUGUCCACCAAGCUGUUCCUGCUCUGUCUUUGUUGCGUGCGUCAGCUACAAGGGAUCAAGAUAGUAACUUACAAUACUGCUCUUAUCGACAGCAAUGACUUCUAUGCCGAACGGAAACCUGAAAUCAUAUCCGCAAUACAAACAAUGGAUUAUGACGUGUUGUGUCUCCAAGAGGUUUUCUACGGAAACGAUGUAAUAGAGAUAGAGGAAAACCAUGGGUCGCACGUCAAGUCAUUUAAAAUACCGUUAACACAGGAGACGGACAGUGAGGGCGCCAAGGCACCACCGUGUGCCGCUGCUGCCAGAAAUGGCACACUAAACUGUGUAUUCACACAGUGUGCCACACUGCCGCUCAGUCAAUUUGUAAAGUGUUCGUUUGAAACCUGCAGAGCUGAUUUAAUAAGUCAGGCGUGUUUAUCAUGUCUGACUUACGAUGCACGAAAAAUGGAAAAGCGCUGUAUACUGGAUAAAGGCGCCAUAAACCCUUCGGGAUUAAUGCUUCUCAGUAAACGUAAAGUCCUACGUGUCCAGUAUAACUACUUUGAGGAUCCAGAUCUCAAGCUUUUAUUUAAAAGGGCGUAUAUUUCUGCAAAGAUUGCUGGUGUUGGAACAGUUAUAUGUACUCAUACGACUGCUUUCCUGGGUCCUGCCUACGCUGAAUACACACUACGAGACCAGAAUAUAUACUCCAGCUGGGCAGAACAGAACUUGGCAGAAAGCAUGAAACUAACAGCUUUGGCAAAAACGAAUCCCAGCCGAGCAGCAAUCAUUGUUGGGGACCUCAACGCUGGGCCAGCAGUUCCUACGGACAUCGCUCCAUUAAUUGAAGCUUCCUAUCAACAUUUCAUUAACGAAGGAUUUACCUCCCCUUACGUCCACAUAGACGGCAGAUGCACAUAUUGUUCGGCUAACCCCUUAGCGCCGACGGAAGUUACGCAAAAUUUCGUGAUAGACCACGUGUUCAUUAAGUCCGAUAGUCACGUGGUAUAUUCCUGCAGACGAUCUGGUCGGAACGAGCCCGCGGCACAGAGAUUCCUAGAAGAGAUUAUUUCCAGUGCUAAGCCUUACCCGAGGUCUGAUCACUUCGCUGUCCGUGUGGACAUCGUACCAUUAAGACGGAGGAAGAGGAAAAUACAUUAAAAAUCAACUGGAAAACAAGCUUUCCAGAAAUAUGGGCCUCAUUCAUGAACUUGUUCUCGUGCUCAAGCAUGUAUUUCGUUCUAAAACCAAUUUUCUAAAACCAGGUGACGCGGUCAAAAAGUCAAGUGUGGACAUUGAAAAUGGCAUUCGGCUUCAAAUCAGUUCCAAAUUCUUCCAAAAACAUAAACAAAAUGUUAAUUCGUACUUAUUAACAACCAUAAUAAGACUCUGGGUUUGAGCACAAAACCUACGUUUGAGCAUAGGAACGGUUUCUUGAGAGGCUAAGGAAUUGUAGCACUAAAUUCAUUAUCAUGUUAAAACUAAGAUUAAAGUCCAAUUCUGGAAAGACUUGAUGUCAAAUAUUAUUUGCAAUGUCUUGGUUGUGAUUUUUUUCUUUAUGGCAUGAUUUCUGCAAUUGUUUUGUAAUUAUGAGAGGUCUGGACCCGAAUUCAUGAAACCCUCCUCAUGCUAAAGUCAAGUAUGGGUUUUGUGCUCAAGCCUUAUUUCUUGAUCUAAUUUUAUGUCAAUAAGCAAAUCUUAUUUUGUCAAUGCACAAUUUGAACAGACUUAAAUCCAAACACUAUUUCGAAUGUUAACAUUUGACUUUGUAAUCGUUUGACAUGAUUUAAGCGAGUUACAUGAAAGUACCCUUGA